AUUUCAAAUUCUGUAAAACCUAGGUAUUUCCGGCCAGAGCAGACAAGAACCGUCUCUGAUAUUCCCCUUUUCGAAGAAUUCAUCACAGACCACAAACUUACCAAUGAGAUGAGUCUUGAAGAGCUUAGCCAAUAUGCGCCGAAAAUACUUGAGCUCUUAACAACUGGCACACUACUAGUAGAUAAAGAGAAAAGGUGCCAGGCCCAUAAUCGCCUUCAAAAAGGGUAUGAAUUUAGCAAAGAACAAGCAUUUGCAUUGAUUCCUUAUGAAAGAAUUGGGCGGAGUAAAAGCCAAGUAACUUCCAAAGAAGGAGGAGAUGUGAAUAUAUGCUUAGCAUCUGAUACCACUCUAGAAGGGGUGACUAUUAUAAAAGAUAAACUUCGUGAAAAAGAUAUAAAGACAAUAUCUAGAACCUUAGUCGAAACAUUUUCUGAUGCCAUUGUUGCCUUAUCCCAUCUCUCUAGGCUUCGAAGAGAAUUACAGCCCCUCAACGCUUCAGAAAAAAUAAUUUCUGCUACAUUGAAUCCGGAGAUAACUAGGUUAUCCAAUAAAGUUCAAAAGGAGCAUAGUGAGCAAUGCGAAAAUGAAGGAAUAGAUUUUCCAGACCACUUCUUGUUAGAAUCGGUCAAGAAAAAAUUGGAUGAGUACGAUGUAUCUAAUAUACCUGACAAACAGGCCCUAGCUGAU